ACACACACAGUGAAAAUAGAAAAACGGAAACGAAAACGAUGAAGAGAACCCGAGCUGAAAACACUCUCUCAAAACCCCAAAAGAAGUCCAGAGACUCCACCAAAGCUCCAGCCAAAGUGAAGAAGGAGAGCCCAGAGGAGAAGAGAACUUCACCGGAAGCUCCCCUCGAAGCACCACCUCCGGCGCUGCCGCCGGCCGAGGAAGAGCAGAGCUUGUGGGAUUUCUCCGGUGAGUGUGGGUGGUGGUGGGGAGUUGAAGAUGAAGUGCUUCUUGGAUGGUUUCCAUUUGGAGAAGAAGACUUCCUCUGGUCUGAAAACAGAGUUGGAGGGGCAUUUUGGGAAGAUUAUCAUGAUAUUUGGCAGCUUCAACACAUCCAUGAAAUCCCAAGCUCUGCAAACAAUGCUUGAAAAA